AAACCUCAUGCUCGUUGACUGCUCUCUCUCUCUCUCUCUCUCUCUCUCUCUCUCUCUCGUGUUAUAGUUAUUCGAAGUCUUAACACAACCAGCUAAAGCUUGUGUUUUCAAUUAAGUUAUUCGUUUUGUUUGUAGUGCAAAGACUCGGUUGCCCCUAGACUCCAACUGCUAGUCUCCCUUGUGGGCAUGCUUUACUUUCUGUGAUAAAGAUUACCCCUUUUUUUCCUGGGUUGUUUUCUGCUUUGGAUAUAGAAGCUACGCACUUUGAUUGGUGCUCCUUGCGUGGUUUUCUGGGCUUCUUAAAAGUUUGUGUAAAAAUACUGUUUGUUCUUUUACUUUCUCGUAUAUGGGAUGGUUUAUCAGUACAAGAAGCUGAAUUCUGCUUGAAAUUUGACAACUUCUUUGAGAAUUCUUGUCGUUUAAGAGCUAGUCUGUAGGCAGUGGGUACUUUUGUGUUAUUGUAGAGACUUGGAGUUUCAAGGGGUUGUGAAAGGUGGAUAUAUUGGAGGCCAUAUUUUGUGGGUUAUAUGAAUUGGGUUGUGGUUAUUUUCAAUUUUUAGCGUAUCUUUGUGGGCUGAAGACUGAGGAAGGAGCUUGUGAACGUAGCUCUACUUUCUGUGUCACUUGAUAUGAGAUAAUUCCUCUUGAAUGGGUACUGAUGCUGCUGAAGGGGUGGAGACUGUGAGAAAACCCCAUUCCUUUAAGGUUCAUCGUUUGAUGUGCACGGAACUUAUGAAGUUGGUAGAUAGAAUUUCACGGAUAUUUCCAGAUAUAGAAGCAGCAAGACCUCGGUGCACAACAGGAGUACAGGCUCUAUGCUUGUUAACUCGCGCAAUUGAGAAAGCCAAGCUACUUCUCCAGCAUUGCAGUGAUUCUAGUAAGCUCUACCUGGCAUUUACAGGGGAUGUGAUAGUCUCAAGAUGUCAAAGAUCAAGGAACUUGUUGGAGCAAAAUUUACGCGAAAUUCAGAAUUGGGUUCCAGUGAUGUUAGUAGCGGAGAUCUCUCAAAUAGUCGAUGAUCUUAAAGGUGCAACCUUUAUACUGGACCCAUCUGAAGAAGAUGCUGGGAGGGUUGUCCGAGUAUUGCUCCUUCAAGAUGCUUCUCAAUCAAACUCAAGGGAGGAUUCUGAAAUCAAGGCUCUUCAAAUUGCAUCUUGGAGGCUUCAUAUUGCAUCAUCAAAGGCAAUGUUGAUAGAGAAAAGAUCUAUUAAGAAGUUGCUAGAUAAAGUUGGUGAUAGUGACCUUCGAAACAAGCAGAUUUUGACAUAUUUCUUGUAUCUAAUCAAGAAGUAUGGACACUUAAUAAUGGGGAAGCAAGCAGAGGGGGCCUCUAUGCGGCAACAAGGAUCCUUGGCAUCUGAGACUUCUAGCAAUGGUUUGGAAUAUAAUCAAUAUGCUGAAGCUGAACCAUGUUAAAUAUAAUCAAUAUAAUCGAAGUGACAUGUUGCAUAGAACUGUACCUCCUGCAAUAGUUUAGAUUUCUUGCAUUCAAAUACAUCAUUAAUCUUUUGCAGAUAUAUAUAUAUAUAUAUAUAUAUAUGUAUAACUAUAAUCUUUAUCACCUCAUCACAAGUCUACGUCCAUCAAAGUAAA